AUGGCCGCCAUUUCCAGCCUUGUCCUAAGCGACAACAUACCGCCCAAGGACAGAAUGGAGGACCUGGAUUCUCCUACAACGCCGCGACCCGGUCGAUACGGGCCGUCCUCGACAAACGAAUCCAACAUGACACUGAUCGAUAACGCCCUUCCAUCCCGGGAAAGCCCCUCCACGAAUUCACAACCGUCGAGUCACGACGGGCAGAAUGGCAACGGAGCCCAGCAUCAUGCCGAGGAGAGAAGGGAUAGUGAAGAGGCGAUAUCUUCCACCAUGGAUAUGGACGAUGAUGACGAGGGUGCACCAGGCUCGGACAACGAUGGCGAGUCGGGCGAGGCAGACCCUGCCUCGAGAAAGAAGAAAGGCCAGAGGUUUUUCUGCACGGGCUACCCGCCCUGUAACCUCAGCUUCACUCGGAGCGAGCACUUGGCUCGCCACAUAAGGAAACAUACGGGCGAACGUCCGUUUCAAUGCCACUGCAACAGGAGAUUCUCGCGGCUGGAUAACCUGCGCCAACAUGCUCAGACGGUGCAUGUCAACGAGGAGAUCCCGACAGACUCCCUUGCCGCUACUGGGACCCGAUUCCAACGUCAAAUCCGCACCGAUCGGGUCAGACCCACAGGUCGGCCGCGAACAGGCACUGGUGGGAGCACUGGUGGACACAGCCGGGGACAUAGCCGCAAUCUCUCCGCUUCCAGUAUUGGGUCAACAUCUUCCAACUACAGCGUGGUGACAGAGGCGAAGAGACGACCGCCGCCUCUCCUGAUGGCCAACGACAACGCGGGUAGGCCGAGUCUGGGCAUCGAACCACCGCAUACACCACCUGCUCAGUAUCGCGGAUACAAUCCAUCGUCUCCCAGUGGUCUGAGCACACCUACGUCAGCCAACUUUUCCGCCACGCCAGGGAGCCCCGGGUCCUUAUCAUCCGUGGCUUCACCCGUUUCGGGUAACGCGCGCCUGGCUGGCUUCUAUGGUUCAAGGCCUCAGGCCCGUCGCCUGUCGGUACCUUCUGGUCCUCACCCUUAUCAACAUCAAUACCCUGCAGGCUAUGCUGUUGGAUAUAUGAACCAGAUGGGUCCGCCGAGUUCUCAUGCGUCUUCAAAUUCCAGCGUGUUUGCCAGCCCCACCUCAGCAUCAUUUCCACUUGGCGCCGGCCAGCAAACACCGCCGGGGGAGGACUGGCGCAGACGGACGUGGCACGCCUCCACUUAUCCCGCUGGCAAUUACAAUUAUGGACGCCCCGCCACCAGCGGGCUAACUUAUUCGCAGACGCCGGAUGCCCCUCAACCAGCACAUGCACAACACGCAACCGCAGCGGCGGCUCAAGCCCCUCGGCUGCCGGGCAUUGAGAGUUUCGAUCAUGUACAGCAUCGCUCGUAUACGCCUCCUCGCCGCCAGCCCAGUCCCAUGCAGAUUGAUCCCAGUCUGUCGUCCGCGCCGCCCGGCACAGACCCUCGUGCGCGUCAGGGACAUGUAUCGUGGGACGGCCAACGUCCCAGCCAAUACCCUGAACUCGACGACCGACCGCAAGCUGUAGGCUCCUGGGGCCAGCAAACCUUAAAUGAGAUCCAAAAUGUUGGCAUGCGGUAUAAUGAGCCGGCCCGGCACGCCGACAUGGGACCCCCGGCAUCAAUGAUGGCUGCUCAACCACAUCAGCACAUGGCACGUGAGGCACUCGAGGUACAGUCGUUGGGCAAACGGACGAAGCGGCAAGCGUGGUACGGAGGGCCUACGCCGGCUCGGACUUCCCCCGAAGACUCCAGCAGUAGCGACGGUGUUCCCACACCUGGCAUGACGGCAGUUGAAGUACACCCCAUGAUCAUGCCAAGCAGUGGUUAUAUGGAACCGCAGCACGGCCAUCUGCCCCCUGACACACACCAAAAUGCGUGCCUCGUGCCAGCUCCAUUUAUCGAACCCGGCCAUCACCAGCACCCGAUGUCCUUUGGCGGCCGCAGCGGUCAUGGGGGGGAAAUGAACCGACUCGAAGCUCUGGUGGCCGUGGCCACCAGCGGUGAGAAUAGCGCUCGAUGA